AUGAAGAGUUGCUGGAAAAUUCCAGUUUGCUUCUUUGUAUGCAGUUUACUGGGACCCUGGACAUCUGCGACUGUCAGACGUCGCCCAAGGUUCCCUGUCAGUUUGAAUGCUAAUGGUGGAGACCAGCUCUGCCCUAAGAUCAGGAUUGGCCAAGAUGACUUGCCAGGGUUUGAUCUGAUUUCUCAGUUCCAGGUAGAUAAAGCAGCAUCGAGGAGAGCUAUCCAGAGGGUUGUGGGAUCAACAGCAUUACAAGUGGCUUACAAGUUGGGAAGUAAUGUAGACUUUAGGAUUCCAACCAGGCAUUUGUAUCCCAGCGGGCUGCCCGAAGAAUAUUCCUUUUUGACGACUUUCCGGAUGACUGGAAGCACCCUGGAAAAGAACUGGAACAUCUGGCAGAUUCAGGAUUCCUCAGGGAAGGAGCAGGUUGGCGUGAAGAUUAAUGGCCAAACAAAAUCUGUUGCCUUUUCAUACAAAGGACUGAACUUGAACUGUCUGCUCUCUCUCCAGUUUGAACUUCAGUGGAUGCUGAUCCAUUGCGACCCUUUGCGACCCAGGAGGGAGACUUGCCACGAGCUCCCAGUCCGGAUAACGCCCAGCCAGCCCACCGAACAGAGAGGACCCCCAGGUGUGCAGGGCCCCCCAGGGCCUCCAGGACCCCCUGGAGUUCCGGGCAUAGACGGUAUCGAUGGUGAUCGAGGUCCAAAGGGUCCCCCGGGCCCCCCGGGUCUUGCUGGAGAACCAGGAAAGCCGGGAGCUCCAGGCAAGCCUGGCACACCUGGCGCCGACGGAUUAACAGGACCCGAUGGAUCCCCUGGCUCUGUUGGACCAAGGGGACAGAAAGGAGAACCUGGUGUGCCCGGACCUCGUGGGUUCCCAGGCCGUGGUAUCCCUGGACCCCCUGGUCCUCCUGGGGCAGCAGGACUCCCUGGAGAGCUUGGCAGAGUGGGAUCAAUCGGUGACCCUGGGAAGAAAGGCCCCCCUGGACCCCCUGGCCCUCCAGGACCCAGUGGAACAAUUGGUUUUCAUGAUGGAGGUCCAUUGUGUCCCAAUUCCUGUCCACCAGGACGCUCCGGAUAUCCAGGCCUACCAGGCAUGAGAGGUCAUAAAGGUGCAAAAGGAGAAAUUGGUGAACCGGGAAGACAAGGGCACAAGGGCGAAGAAGGUGACCAGGGAGAACUUGGAGAAGUUGGCGCCCAAGGACCUCCAGGAGCUCAAGGGCUGAGGGGCAUUGUUGGCAUACUUGGGGCAAAAGGAGAAAAAGGUUCCCGGGGCUUAGAUGGUGAACCUGGGCCUCAGGGUAUUCCUGGUGCACCUGGUGACCAAGGACGACGUGGACCUCCAGGAGAAGCAGGUCCCAAGGGAGACAGAGGGGCACAAGGUUCCAGAGGAAUUCCUGGUGUCCCGGGGCCCAAAGGAGACACGGGCCUGCCAGGUGUGGACGGUCGCGAUGGGAUUCCUGGGAUGCCGGGCGCAAAGGGUGACCCGGGGAAGCAUGGGCCCCCUGGCGAUGCAGGAUUACAGGGGUUACCUGGCGUGCCUGGAAUUCCUGGUGCAAAGGGCAUUGCUGGUGAAAAGGGCAAUACAGGUGCUCCCGGAAAACCUGGCCAAUUAGGAAAUUCAGGAAAACCAGGCCAGCAGGGGCAGCCAGGAGAGGUGGGCCCCAGAGGACCCCGGGGCAUCCCUGGCAGUAGAGGAGAAACAGGACCAGCCGGACCUCCAGGAAUACCAGGUAAACUGGGUUCUUUUGGCAGCCCUGGCCUCCCUGGUUUGCCUGGCCCCCCUGGACUUCCUGGAAUGAAAGGUGACAGGGGUGCAGUUGGCGAAGCCGGCCCAAAGGGUGCACAGGGUGCCUCUGGUGAAGAAGGCGAAGCAGGAGGAAGGGGUGAACUUGGAGAGAUCGGAUUACCUGGCUCAAAGGGAUCGGUGGGAAACCCCGGAGAGCCUGGGCUGAGAGGGCCUGAAGGCAUUCGGGGGCUUCCUGGAGUGGAAGGACCCAGAGGACCACCUGGCCCACGAGGUGUGCAGGGGGAGCAGGGUGUCACUGGCCUGCCUGGCAUCCAAGGCCCUUCGGGUCGAGCACCGACAGAUCAGCACAUUAAGCAGGUUUGCAUGAGAGUCAUGCAAGAGCAUCUGGCUGAGAUGGCUGCUAGUCUCAAACGUCCAGACUCAGGUGCCUCUGGCCUCCCUGGGAGGCCUGGACCCCCAGGAGCCCCUGGACCCCCAGGAGAGAAUGGUUUCCCAGGCCAGAUGGGACUUCGUGGCCUCCCAGGCAUUAAGGGGCCCCCAGGUGCUCUUGGUCUCCGGGGACCCAAAGGUGACCCAGGCCCUGCCAGCUACGGGAGAAAUGGCCAGGAUGGUGAACGAGGCCCACCUGGCGUGGCAGGAAUUCCUGGUGUGCCCGGGCCCCCGGGGCCUCCUGGCCUUCCUGGUUUCUGUGAGCCAGCCUCCUGCACCCUGCAGGCCGGCCAGCGAGCUUUCAGCAAGGGGCCGGGGCAGUGAAGGGCUGGCUGAGUGUGGGCCGCAGAAGCCACACUGGGUGAGGGGGUUUGGUGGAGAAACAACACCCGAAGCUGGGGGGAAACACAGCAAAGCACUUACCUUUCACAGGAUGACAGGUGUCUUGCUUGAUUAUCAGACUCAGACCCAUGGUGCUAUCCAAGAAGCCUUCCUCCUUUCCCCGGAGGGAAGAUGGCAGUCAUCCCUAAGAAACCUCCCAUUUAUUGUCCUGUUUCCAGAAUAGUGCUCUUCGUGUGCUAUCCAUAUGGGGUAUAUAUGUUGGGCCGUGGUGCUAAUAACCCCAAACAACUGUUGGGUUUACCUCAGAUGCAGUAAUUAUUUUUACACUCCAUGUAAGCCUGGGUCUCAGAGAUUCAUUUCAGGCUGUGGAGAGAGUCAUUGGCCUGGUUACAAAGAAGCCCCACUGGAAUUCAAUAGAAUUGGUGCUUAAACCCCCCCAUCCACGCGUCCUCUGGGGAGUGGCAAAACAAGGGUGGUGUCAUCUGGAGUGAUCUCCUUACAUCACGUGUCGGUUUUCAUUUUUGCGGAACUCCAUUAUAUUCCUCAUUUUUUAACUCCUCUGUGAAAAUAAACAAGGGAUUUUAAUAGCUUGGCAUUCGUAAAUCCUGUUGAUGAGAUUAUUUAUUGUCAAAGCUCAAGGUAACGUCUCUGGUUGUACCAAAACGAAAUAAAUACGAUUUCUUAA